CCAACUUGUGCAAACGAGAGAAGACGAACGCGCAAUGCCUGUGUGCGUCUGUGGAGAGAGCGCAUAGAUGAGAGCUAGAGGGCGGCGGCGCAUCGCUCCUCACGUCCGUUACCGCUCAAAUCCUUCAGUCCCGGGACCAUCCCCUGCCCUCGGUCUGUUUUGCGAAGCACCGGGACGCGUGACGCCUUCGGUCCUCCGUUCACCACCACAGCUGCUCUUGCGUCUUUACUGAAGAAACCCGACACGGAACGAAUAUUUCCACGCUGAGGAGUUUCCAAACUCCAAAGUCAUGGGAAAAAGAUUUGGAUUGGGAUUAGUGCCUCAGUCGCUGAUUUUGUGGGUUCUGCUCCAAAUAGUUGACGCGCAAGGUGAUGAUGAUUUCCUGUUAGGGUUGGGCGAGUUGCCGGAGACGUUUCCUAGCGAUCCUCCUGAGCCCCUCCCACACUUCCUGUUGGAGCCGGAAGAUGCUUACAUAGUCAAAAACAAAGCUGUCAAUCUGUACUGCACGGCAACGCCCGCCACACAGAUCUACUUCAAAUGUAACGGCGAGUGGGUUCAUCAGAGGGAACAUACGAUAGAGGAGCGGGUGGACGAAACAUCGGGUUUGGUGAUUCGGGAAGUGAGGAUUGAAAUCUCUCGACAGCAGGUGGAGGAGCUGUUUGGUUUGGAAGAUUACUGGUGCCAGUGUGUCGCCUGGAGCUCUGCAGGAACCACGAAGAGCCGCAAGGUGUAUGUCCGCAUCGCAUUUCUGAGGAAGACAUUCGAACAGGAACCGUUGGGGAAGGAGGUGCCACUCGAACAGGAAGUGCUACUGCAGUGCCGCCCACCUGAGGGCAUACCACCUGCUGAGGUGGAAUGGUUGAAGAAUGAAGAGAUAAUCGAUCCUGCAGAUGAUCGGAAUUUCUACAUCACUAUCGAUCACAACCUGAUCAUCAAACAGGCACGACUGUCAGACACCGCUAACUACACCUGCGUCGCUAAGAAUAUCGUUGCUAAGAGGCGCAGUACAACGGCUACAGUUAUUGUCUAUGUGAAUGGAGGCUGGUCAACAUGGACGGAAUGGUCAGCGUGUAACAGCCGCUGUGGGCGGGGCCUUCAGAAAAGGACCCGUAGCUGCACCAAUCCUGCACCUUUAAACGGAGGAUCACCGUGUGAUGGACAGGCCAUUCAAAAACUCACCUGCACCUCAAUCUGUACAGUUGACGGGGAGUGGGCCGACUGGAACAAAUGGUCGCUGUGUAACACAGAGUGCACUCAGUGGAGGAAGAGAGAAUGUAACGCCCCUGCACCGCAAAACGGAGGAAAAGACUGUGAGGGAAUCACAAUACAGUCCCAGAACUGCACUGAUGGACUCUGUCUACAGACUGCACCAGGCGGAGAUGAGGUGGCAUUGUACGUGGGCAUCGUCAUGGCGAUUGUCAUGUGUCUUGUCGUCUCUGCUAUCGUGGCCCUGCUGGUGUACCGCAAGACGCAUCGGCGCUUUCACUCUGACAUCAUCGACUCUUCUGUGCUCAACGGAGGAUUUCAGCCUGUUAACAUCAAACAGGCGCGCUCAGCGGACUUUCUGGCCGCAACUCCCGACCUGUCCACAGCGGUGGCGCUGUAUCGCGGCCCAGUAUACGCUCUCCAUGACAUCUCGGAUAAAAUCCCCAUGACCAGCUCCCCUCUGCUUGAGCCCCUCCCCAACCUCAAGAUCAAAGUCUACAAUUCAUCCAGUGCGGUGACCCCUCAGGACGACGUGACCUCUGACCUCUCCGCCACCCUGUCCCCAAAAGUCACCCACUCGCUUUUGGAUAGCGACCCCAUGACUCUGCACAACCAGACGCUGGCACGUACACGAGACCCCACUUGCACCGCGCUGGGGUCGUUUAACUCGCUGGGAGGACAUCUGAUCAUACCUAACUCAGGUGUGAGUUUGUUGGUUCCAGCAGGAGCGAUUCCUCAGGGUCGUGUGUACGAGAUGUUUGUGACCGUACAGAGGACAGAGAGCAUGAGGCCGGCAGUCAGUGACGGGGAGGCCAUGCUCAGUGCAGUAGUCAGUUGCGGUCCUGCAGGCGCUCUUUUGACGUGUCCCGUAAUCCUCACUCUACACCACUGCGCACAAGCCCACUCAGAAAACUGGAAAAUCAUCCUCAAGAGCCAAGCACAGCACAACCAAUGGGAGGAUGUUGUUGUGGUCGGAGAAGAGAACUUUACAACUUCCUGCUAUGUUCAGCUGGAAGAGGAGGCGUGUCACAUCCUGACUGAAACUCUAGGAUCCUAUUGUCUGAUUGGCCAGAGUGUCUGUCCAUCAGCAGCUAAACGAAUCAAACUGGCCGUCUUUGGGCCUGUCGUUACAUCAGGACUGGAUUACCACAUCAGAGUGUACUACCUUGAUGACACUCAGGACACAUUAAAGGAGGUGUUACAGAUAGAAAAACAGAUUGGUGGAAAGUUGCUGGAUGAACCAAAGACUCUGAACUUCAGUUCCAGCAACCACAACCUGAGACUUUCUAUACAUGACAUACACACACAGUGGAAAAGAAAACAACUCACCAAAUACCAGGAGCUGUCGUUCUCUCAAGUGUGGAGUGGUUCUGUCAGGAGGCUGCACUGCUCAUUCACACUGGAGCGUCAGAGUGUGAGAGUGUGCGAUCUAUGCUGUAAGCUGUGUGUGAGACAGGUGGAGGGAGAAGGUCAGAUCUUCCAGCUUUACACAACCCUGACUGAGGACAUUCAGAGCAUUGGCACAUCCCUGACUGAUCCAGGCAGCAGUAUCACAGUGUUGACGGGUCCGAGUGCAUUCAGAAUCCCGCUCAGCAUCAGAACUAAACUCUGCAGCAGUCUGGAUGCGCCACAUACACGCGGCAAUGACUGGAGAAUACUGGCGCACAAACUCAACCUGGACAGGUAUCUGAACUACUUUGCGACUAAGACCAGUCCUACAGGUGUAAUUCUGGACCUAUGGGAAGCCCAACACUUUCCACACGGUAACCUCAACCAACUCGCCACCGUUCUAGAGGAGAUGGGUCGUCAUGACAACAGCAUAGCUUCCUUGGGGAAGGAAUAAUGACUCUUGCGUUGGUGGUGAACAUUGCUACGAUGAUAUCUAGGCAUAAACACGUGACCAGAGGAUAAUUGAGCUUGCCACUGUUAUUGAGCCAGAAAAAUGAUCGAAUCGCCAUCCGAACAAAGACAAGUCAAGCAUUCGCAGUAUGAGGAGUCAGUGGCAUUUUGCAUCAGCUUAGUUCAGCAUCUUAUUUAGUUUCCAUGGAAACCUAGAAAUGGAUGCCGCUGAUUUGGAAUUGAACGCCGGGGUCAAAGGUGAACCAGGAACAGGGUCAAGACACUACAGAUUUGUACUAGACAACCAAACCGCUCGCCCAGACCCCCGAAUCACUCUUCAAAACCCUAAAACCCUUCCAGUUUGCACGUGUAGGGACUGCAAUGUUUGUGUUUGUCCAAAAAACAACAGAAAUCUCCUUUCUGUCUCCUUUAGUGAUUGUUUUUACGGAAUUUUGUGGUGUCAUCUAGUUGUUACCGAAACAAAUGCUCAUGUAAUAUAUUUUGAGACAUGAAAACACCGCAUUAAGUGUGUUGACGGAGUACCUUAAAGUGGCCUUUAAAAUCCAAUUAAUGAUUUCAAUUGUGUUAUUUUUGUAAUGCAGACUUAUGUAAGAUGGACAUUAUUGUGUUUCUUUGUUGAACAAAAGUGCACACGAGCGCUUGCCAGGGAUUAAUGUUGGAAGUUGAUAUUAGAUUUUCUGGAAUGCACAGCAUUAAAUGUGAAUUAACACUGUUUUCACAGGCCGGAUCAAUGUUGCAUUGUUCAUCGCAUCUAACAAAUUCACAUGUUCUCGGCAUGGAGUGUUACUGUUGUGCAUUCAAGUUUAACGUCAACAUUACGCAUUCAAAAAUUAGCGUGGAAACUGUCGUUUCUGCGGAAAUGCGAUUAUAAUGUAUAAUUAUUGUUAUUAAUGUAACACAUUAAUAUGAGAUUUCCUUCAAACAGUUUUAAGAAUCGUUCUGUCAUUUUAAUAACUUUUUAUGAUGGCAGUGGUUUCGAAGUUAUCACAGGUUUGUUGUCGAAACAAUAAUUGUAGUAACUUAUAUUUUGUCAGAAGCUAUGAUUACAUGGAAGAUUUUUGAAACGGGCUUUGUAUCUUACACCCUGUCCUAACCUGGUCAGCGUGACGGGUCAUUUGUCUGUCCAUGCAAGGGAUGGGAAUCAUUAGGAAUUGACCUAUUCCGGUUCCUUGACGCUUUAUUAACAAUACUUUUAUUACUUUUGAGGAAGAAAUAUUUGGGAAUAAGAAAUGCAAUUAUUAUUAUUAGAUUUACUAUCCUCAGCAGCAUGUUACCAACUUAUAAGAUCAUUUCAUAUUUGAACAAAACAGAUUUUGCAAAAGGUGUGUUUACAGAUUUUUACUUAAAAUAUUGAUUCAAUUCAUUCAUUUUUAUGCAAUACCACAAAUGACAACAAAGCUCCUAAUGUAUAUCUUUAA